UAGUUUGGUUUUUAACUUACAGAAACUGCGACCAGCUCAAUUGCGGCCUUCGGCAUCUUUCCGGUGCAUUUCAUGCUGUCAAAAUGCUGUACAUAUUUUUGCUAAUAUGCUUUCAAAUAUAUAUGGUUUUAUGCGAACUUCCUCAUUCAAAGUUUGAGUAUAAAUAUAGUUUUAAAGGACCAUAUUUGGCUCAAAAGGAUGGAACUGUGCCGUUUUGGGAACAUUUUGGAAAUGCUAUUGCCAGCGAAGAGAUGGUCAGAAUCACACCUUCUCUCCGUAGCAAAAAAGGUUCCAUAUGGACCAAAAACAAAACUAAUUUUGAUUGGUGGCAGGUAGAAGUAGUUUUUCGCGUAAAUGGACGAGGAAGGCUCGGAGCAGACGGUUUCGCUUUUUGGUAUACUGAGAACAAAGGAGUGGAAGGUCCUGUAUUUGGAAGCAAUGACCAUUGGGUGGGAUUGGGUGUUUUCUUUGAUUCAUUUGAUAAUGACAACAGAGGGAAUAAUCCUUAUAUUAUGGCUAUGUAUAAUGAUGGAUCUAAAACAUUUGAUCAUCAAAGUGAUGGUGUUGCUCAACAAUUAGCUGGCUGUCAGCGUGAUUUUCGUAAUAAGCCCUUCCCAGUUCGAGCUAAAAUUGAAUAUUAUAAAAAUGUGCUAACUAUACUUUUUCAUAAUGGAAAUUCGAAUAAUGAUGAAGAUUUUGAGCUAUGUGUCAGAGCAGAAAAUGUUUACCUGCCACAGCAUGGAUACUUCGGACUUUCAGCUGCUACUGGUGGACUUGCUGAUGAUCAUGAUGCUUUAAAGUUCCUAACAUAUAGUCUGUACCCACCUGGUACACAACCAACAUCUCAAAAUAUUGGAGAUGCUGAAAAAGAAAAAUUCUCUAAGGAAUAUGAAGAAUAUAAGGAUAAACUUGAAAAACAAAAAGAAGAGUAUCGAAAGGAACAUCCCGAUGAAGCCAAAAGAAGGGAAAUGGAAUUUAACCCUGAUGAUGCAUAUGAGACAUCCCAACAACGUGAGUUGCAACAGAUUUUCCAAGGACAAAGUUCCAUUUUUGAAAUCCUUAGAGGUCUGCACCGAAAGAUAGAUGAAGUGAUUGGACGUCAGGAAAGGGCAUUAUCGAUGCUUUCUGCUGUUCAGACUGGAGGUAUACCUCAAGGUCAGGGAAUGCCUCCACCACAGGUUGCAGCAGGAGGAGGUGUAGGAAGGCAUGAAAUCGAAGCUCUCCUUGGAGGCCAGCGAGAAAUAGUUCAGUCUGCUCGAGACAUAAAGUCUUUUGUUACUGACAUCCAUCAAAGAACAGGACAAAUAAUUGCUAAACAAAGUGAUCAAGGCAAGCCUUCUGGAGGUGGAUUGGCUUUUGAAGCCAAUGCACUUUUUAAUGAAGUGAAAGAAUCUCUGAACAUAGUAAAAAGAGAUCUAGCUGCAGUUGCAGCAAAAAAUCAGGGUGGUCCUUGUCCAGUUGUUCAACCUGUAAGCUGUCUCACGCCAGCAUAUUUCUUUAUAUUUAUGGGCUUACAAUUAAUUAUUAUUAUAGGCUAUAUUACUUAUCAGAGCAGCAAAGAAUCGCAAGCAAAGAAAUUUUAUUAGAAAAAUUUAUGUAAAAAGAAUUUCAAGACAUUCCAUUAUCAUGGCAGUUUGGACUGCAUUUAUUCAUCCUUUCAGACACUUCAAGCACAAGUGUUUUAUUACUUUAAUAACCCAUGUUCUUAAUAAAAUUAUUUUUCAAAGAAUUGGAAUAAGAGAAAAAUGUUUCUUUUGACAAAAUUAACUGCCUUAUGAAUUUCAGAAAAUAUUUAUAAAUUGAACAGUUAUAACGUCUUUAUAUAAUAUGUAUCUAUUAAAAAGAUCUUAAUACAUGAGAUAAAAAAUUUGAAUUAUUUUAUCAGAUACUUUGGUUACGCACAUUUUCUUCAUUGUAAAUGUAGUUUUAUAAAUUAUCCUUUGUUGAUGAUCUGUUAUUUUAAUAUGGAUUUGCUCAUGAGAUGGGUUUAUUUUAAGUUUUGAUAAAGCAGUAUUGUUGAUUGUGCAAAAUUUUCUUAUGUGUUAUUGUUGGUAAUUAAAGACUUAAGCAAAAGUUGAGCUUUUAUUUCCCCCCCCCCCUCAUAUGCUACUGUUAACUUUUAUUAUUUUUAUUUUAUGUAUACUUAAUGCAGCAUAGCAUAGAAGCCUCCCUCCCCCCUUUUUUUUAAGAUUAUAUACUUAAAAUUUUACAUAAAAUUGCAAUUUCAUUUAUAAACAUUCUCUUGGUAUUGUUGUGCCAAAGUUUGUUUUGAAAACGUUUCAUAUAUUUAAGAAAAGAUCAGUUUUGCAUGAUUCUUAUACUUGUUGAGUCUGUGUAUUAUUUUAGUUAUGUACUACACAGUUGAAUCUGUUUUGAUAAAUCAAUGUUUACUUGAUGUCAGACAGCUGAAUACUAUUUUGUGAAACGCUACUAAAUGGAAGUUAAUUAUCUCUAGAUAAAUCUUAUUGUGCUGUUUUUAAGCGUUUCCUACUCUUUUUAACAUAUCUUAUUAAAAUAAUGAUUCAGAAUGUUUCCUAUUCUUGUGAAAUGUUUUUCUUUAGUAUUUCCAAGGAUGGUUCUUUGUGAUCAUUUUAUAUAGGCUGUUGAAAGUUAAAGAAAAUGAGCUCAAAAUGUUUACAUGGCUGAUUAAAAAUAUUGUAAAACCAAUUUUUAUAUUGUAAGUUUUUAUUAAAAUGUUUGUGAAAAACUGUUUUGUGUUCAAUACAUUUAGAAUAAUAAAAAAUAUUCAUCUAUUUUUUUUCACAAAUUAUUUAGAUUGUUAGCUGUAUAUGUAUUUAAGGUUUGUUUGAUCAUUUAAAAAUUUUUGACAGCUUAAAUACAGCUUAACUAUAUAUCAAAUUUCUUUUUUUCUGUUGUUUAGUAUUGUGACUUUAUGCUAAUGCUGUUUAAAUGUUUUAUAAGUUUGUUACGGACUUAAUUGAUUGACCUCAAUUGAUUUUGCAUAAAAUUAUAAUCAGGUUAAUUCCUUAGUUAAAAGGCAACAGGAAUUGUUUGUGUUUUGGAUGUUAUUUAAAUUGAGUAAAAGUUAGAAAUAAGGCUGCAGUUUCUGUGUGUUAUAUAUUCAGUAGAUUCCUUGUUGGGGGCGUAGCCAUUGUAGAUGUUUCAUGAUAUGACUGCCAGAGAAAUUCUGCAUUUCUUCACCAAUCACCUUUUAUCCUUUGCAUGCACAUUUAUUUGAAGCGUAUUUAUUUUUUUGAACAUGUGAAGCUUUUACAGAAAAAAUCAUUUAUUUCUUAUUGUUCAGAAUAUAUACUGCUGCAUGAUCUUGAGAUAAUUUAAGCUAUUUAAAAUUACAAAAAAAAAAAAAAAAAAAGGAAACAUAAA